CAAUUAUUUUUUUCGCCAUUUGUGGCAGUCUAUGUAAUCUGAAAAGAAAAACAGCUCCACGCAGUCACUGCCUCCCAGUCCUCAUCUGCACCUCGGCCAAGUCGCACACCGCAGCGAGAAAGAGGACGCGAGACCAAGAGGGGCCACCUCCUCCAAAGGAAGAGCCCACAAGAGGCUCAGUAAUGCUGUCCUGAGAGGAUGUGAGGGAAGCCCAGGGCAGGAGGAAGUGCUGGCAUCGUCAUCCACUCCUCUGUGCAUCAAUCACAUCCGAGCCAAACUUCUUUCGGGUGGCCCCCCGGAAGGCGUGCACCCAUGUGGGAGGAGGCUCUGUGGACCCGCGGACGCUACCUGCUGGAGAAGAGCGAUGGGGGCGAGAGCGGCGAGGGGCCCGACGGCCCGGGUGCCGAGGGCUGCCCGGGCUUCCAGGGGGGCGAACUGCGCACCGAGGGCGAGAAGCGACAGGACUGGCUGUACGAGUCCUACUACAGGAUGAGCCAGCAGCAUCCGCUCAUCGUCUUCCUGCUGCUCAUCGUCAUGGGAACCUGCCUGGCGCUGCUGGUGGUCUUCUUUGCCUCGGGGCUGAACACCGAGGACCAUCUGACCUUUCUGAUCACGGUGCCCACGGCCCUGUUCCUCUUCCUGUCCAUCUUCAUCCUAGUCUGCAUCGAGUCGAUUUUCAAGCGUAUGCUCCGCCUCUUCUCCCUCCUAAUAUGGGCGUGUCUGGUCACCAUGGGUUACCUGUUCAUGUUCUCUGGAGGGAUCCUCAGUCCCUGGGACCAGGUCUCCUUUUUCCUAUUCAUCGUAUUUGUCGUGUACACCAUGCUGCCCUUCUCCAUGAGAGGGGCCAUCAUGGCCAGCACGCUCACCUGUUUGUCCCACACCGUCACCCUCAGCGUCUGCUUGGCCUCCACCGCCAAGGAUGUGGAAGCUCUCGUCUGGCAGAUCCUGGCCAACGUGAUCAUCUUCACCUGCGGUAAUUUAGCGGGGGCGUACCACAAGCACCUGAUGGACCUGGCCCUCAAGCAGACCUACCAGGACACCUGUAACUGCAUCAAGUCCCCCAUCAAGCUGGAGUUUGAGAAACACCAGCAGGAGCGUUUGCUCUUGUCGCUGUUGCCGUCUCACAUCGCCAGAGUGAUGAAAGCCGAGAUCAUCCAGCGGCUUCAGGGCCCAAAGUUUGGCCGAACCGAGAGCGGCAACAACUUCCACAACCUCUACGUGCAGCGGCACACCAACGUCAGUAUUCUUUAUGCUGACAUCGUGGGCUUUACCAGGCUGGCCAGCGAUUGUGCACCAGGGGAACUCGUGCACAUGCUCAAUGAACUCUUUGGAAAGUUUGACCAGAUCGCGAAGGAAAACGAGUGCAUGCGAAUCAAGAUCCUGGGAGACUGUUAUUAUUGUGUGUCUGGUCUGCCAGAAUCUCUGCCUCACCACGCAAGGAACUGUGUGAAGAUGGGCUUGGAUAUGUGUGAGGCCAUCAAGAAGGUUCGAGAUGCCACCAGGGUCGACAUCAACAUGCGCGUCGGCGUUCACUCCGGGAACGUCCUAUGCGGCGUGAUCGGCCUCCGCAAGUGGCAGUACGACGUGUGGUCACAUGACGUGACGCUCGCCAAUCACAUGGAGGCGGGAGGUGUGCCAGGGAGGGUGCACAUCUCGUCGGUGACUCUGGAGUACCUGAAGGGCUCCUAUAAGGUGGAGCCAGGAGAUGGACAGAGUCGAGACUCUUACCUGAAAGAACAUGGAGUGGUCACCUUUCUGGUCAUCAACCCUAAGAGCGAGAAGCACAGCCCUCUGCUGGGCUUGCGCUCUCGCCCGUCUCUGGACGGCGGCAAGAUGCGGGCGUCCGUACGCAUGACCCGCUACCUGGAGUCGUGGGGCGCCGCCAAGCCCUUCGCCAACCUCCACCACCGCAUGAGCACGGACAACGGCAAGAUCAACACCACCGAUGUUCCUAUGGGGCUGUACCACUUCCAGCGACGGGAGAGGUCCAAGUCGCAGAGGAGGAGGUUUGAGGAAGAGCUCAACGAGCGGAUGAUUCGUACCAUUGACGGCAUCAACUCACAGAAACAGUGGCUGAAGUCAGAGGACAUCCAGAGGAUCUCAUUGUUCUUUCACAACAAAGCCCUGGAGACAGAGUACAGAUCAACAACCCUGCCUGCGUUCAAGUACUACAUCACGUGCGCCUGCCUCAUAUUCUCCUGCAUAUUCAUCGUGCAAGUCCUCGUCUUGCCCAAAACUGCAGUGCUGGGGAUAUCCUUCGGCCUGGCCUUCCUGCUGUUGGCUCUGAUCUUGGUUCUUUGCUUUGCCGGUCACGUUCUGCAAGGACGAAAGGGAUCGGUGUGUUCUUUCCCCUGGUUGAACACUUCGUCUCGCAUCAUCGUCACCAACAAUCCCUGGCUGCGAUUGGUCCUCACCAUGACGACCACCGCUCUCAUCCUUGUAAUGGCCGUCUUCAACAUGUUCUUCGUAGAAGAUCCUGGGAGAUCCAAGGAUGAAGUUUCAGCAUUGGCUUCAACUGAAGGCGUCGUGGCCGGCCCCCCUGGGAAUCUAACCAAUGGCUCCAUGCCUGACUUCCAGUCUCAAUUGGCAAGAGAAAGCCGGUUUUAUCUACCAUACUUCAUCUACUGCUGUAUUCUGGGCCUGGUGUCGUGCUCUGUGUUCCUGAGGAUCAACUACGAGCUGAAGAUGGUGGUGAUGCUGGUCGCCUUGGUGAUCUACAACAUCAUCAUCCUCCAGACGCACGCCUCGCUGCUCGACGGCUUUAGCAAAGCUCUGUAUACCACCCAAGUGCUGGACAGACCAGGAAUCCUGAAGGACCUAAAGACCAUGGGCUCUGUUUCCCUCUUUAUCUUCUUCAUCACGCUGCUGGUGUUGGCUAGACAGAAUGAAUAUUACUGUAGGUUGGACUUCCUGUGGAGGGACAAGUUCAAGCGGGAGUGCGAGGAGAUCGAAACCAUGGAGAAUCUCAACCGAGUCCUGCUGGAGAACGUCCUGCCCGCCCACGUGGCCGAACACUUCCUGGGACGCAACUGGAAGAACGAGGACCUUUACCAUCAGUCGUACGACUCCGUGUGCGUGAUGUUCGCCUCCAUCCCGGACUUCAAAGAGUUUUACACCGAGUCGGACGUCAACAAGGAAGGACUCGAAUGCCUCCGCCUCCUCAAUGAGAUCAUAGCAGAUUUUGAUGAGCUGCUUUCAAAGCCGAAGUUCAGCGGAGUGGAGAAGAUUAAGACCAUCGGGAGCACCUACAUGGCGGCCACCGGACUCAACUUGACGCCAGGACCAGAGUGCGCACAGGAACAUGACAGACAAUACAUGCACAUCGGCACCAUGGUGGAGUUUGCCUUCGCUCUGGUCGGCAAGCUCGACGUCAUCAACAAACAUUCCUUCAAUGACUUCCGACUGAGAAUCGGGAUAAAUCACGGACCGGUCAUUGCGGGGGUCAUCGGAGCUCAGAAACCUCAAUAUGACAUCUGGGGAAACAGCGUGAAUGUGGCCAGUCGGAUGGAGACCACGGGGGUUCUGGGCAAAAUCCAGGUGACGGAGGAGACGAGCGAGAUCUUAUCCACGCUCGGCUACAUGUGCUCGUGUCGAGGCAUCAUCAACGUGAAGGGCAAAGGGGAGCUGAAAACCUACUUUGUCCACACCGAGAUGACCCGAUCGCUGUCACAAGGCACUGUCAUGCCUUGAGUGGGGGGGUGGGGGGGGGGGGGACAACACAAAUAGACUUAACACAAAGUGGCAUUAGCGACCAUUGGUCAUGCUCUGGAACUACAAGUCAUUAGCAGAGGCCCCGUCGUCUCACUGGACAAACAACUGUGAAGACUGCGCUAUUGUACGAUGUCAUUGGAGGUCAACCCCUGGGUGUUUGCCCCCCCCCCCCCCCCUCUCCCACACCACUCGAGUGUAGAAGACAGGUAGCUCUCCGAGGAUUGAGGAGUGCUUGAGAGGAGAGAUGUUUGCUAUAUUACUGCAGGUCUCGUGGGGCGCAGUCAAGCGUUAACAUACAAAAGUAGUGCGGCGCUAAUUAGACAUGCCAGUGAUGCGAGCAGUGCUUCACAGUGCUCAAGCAACGGCAGCUCUAUAAAUAGUAUACACUCUUAUGGACAAAAGCAAGGAGAGACACUCAUUCAUUUUUGGGAAGGUUGGAAUGGACCCAUCUUUGAGUCACACUUAACUGUAAAUCACCAAUUUUGAACUGGGCUCAAAUUGACUACAGUGAACCCUUGCACAUUUUAAAUAGCAGCAGUCUUUUUGGAUUAAUUUCAAUCCCUAUGUUGGCACAUUCGAUACAGAUUUUGAUCACAAUGCCACACCCCGCCCACUCUCAGAUCCGCCGAGCUGCGCUGGUCUACGAAAUUAAAAACAUCGGUCUAACCCACCCCUGGCGCGCAGUUGCGCCACCCGCCGCGCUGGAUUUACACCGGUCACGGAAAUAGGACCCUUUACGUUUAAACCUGGGAGACCAGCCCCAUUUUAUUCUUCCAUGUUCACUUCCUGUAGGAGUAAUACUUUUGUCCAUGCAAUGUAUAUUGAAGCCCAGUCUGCUCCGAACCAGUGUGCUCACUGUUAUUCCAACUGAAUGUUAGAUUAGUUUGUUGUCACGGUGCCAACAAAUUCCCACACUGACAGGUAGUUUGAAUGUGAAUUAAUGUUAGUAGUUUUAGAGACGUGUUGGAAGAGUUGCUGGCUCGAGAAGAAAAGUAGAUUGUUGCCCUCUCGAAGCAAACCAGCUGCACUGUGUUUUAAUGACCCCAUCAUGCCACCCUUUUGGUAUUCAUUAAAUAUUUGUAUAUAACAUAACAUGCCUCGUAGUUGCUUAUUAUACUUUUCAUAAUUGUCAAAUAACAUUUGAUUGCACAUGUACUUGUAUUUGGCACUUCAAACAAUCACAAUAUGUAAUAUUUACACCUAACAUUUGUUUUCAUGGGGUUUAUCAGAUAAUCAUCUUGGUCUGAAAAGUCUACACACCCCUAUUCAAAUACCAGGUCUUUGUGAUACAUGUAUAAAAAGUGAGACCAAGAUAAAUUGUUUCAAAACUUUUUCCAGCAUUAAUGUAACCUGUACAACUCAAUUGAUAUUUUUUGUAUGUUUUUCAAGAGUAGGGGAGUAGUAAUAAAGAUAAUUGUAGUCGCAUAAGUGUCCCUCAUAACUGGUGAUGUGGCUGUGUUCUGAAUUAACCAAUCACAUUCAAAUUCAUUUUAAACAGGAGUCAGCACAGACCUGCCA